AUGGAUCUCGUUAUCGGAACUGAAUUGAACGAACGAGUGAUCUACCAAGCGACAAAGAAUAUUUUUAAUGGUCAAUACGCUAAGUUGAGAGAUCGUGGGGUCGUAAGAGCGUCGAUUAACAACCAUUUAAAAAGGGGGAGCUUAGUGCAACAAGUUGUAACUCGACACGGCUUUGACGCUGUAUCUCGGGAAGUGUUGAAGCUCCUUUCGGACAAGGUUUAUGAGUCGACCCCGAUUGCCCGCCAACGCUUUCCCGAUCUAUUUGAGCCUUCGACGGCUCAGAAUAUUGCCAGGACGCAACUAGAAGCAGAAGCGACUAGGACCGAGCAAGCCGCGCUUAAGGGCAUUGAAGAAACCCACUCGGAUGACAAUCAGGAUAUUCGCGACUUACAAGCAGCCACCACAGCAGUACAUGACGCUAGCGAUAGCACUGCAAGCGACAUUGCUGGCAGUUCAUUGUUAUUCCCAGUCUAUCUGCCGUUUCCUACGGAGCAUCUCCUUAUGGAGAAACUUCAAAAAGUCUUGGAAACUGCCUGUUACGAGUACGGAAUAAGGGAACUCUCGAGUAUCGUGCAACACCGCGACUGGGACUGCUCUGAGUCAGUAGAGCUUAAUCAGUGGGCAGAGCUCCUCGGACAUGAGGGAAACCUAAAACGGCAGGGAACCGGUAAGGCACUGAAAGAAUUACUGCGAUCAAUUGCACAAAUCAGACAUACAGCUGUUCAUCGUCUACGCACCAACUCAAGAGGACUAGAACAGUUUCUCGCCGACGCAGAAGACCUUGCUAGAAUUCUGGGAGUCAAUAUAUACACACAAGUUAUCUCGCAAAUGAGGAUAGAUGCGCAGUCAACACUCACAGAGCUUGCGCAGAACAAGCAAUUUAUUCAGCUGCAGCUGGAGAAGGCUCAAGAAGAGAUAGCAAAGCAGCGCGCCGAACUCGAUCAGAAAGAGCAGGAGAAUUUGCGCCGCAUGGAAAGGGAGGAUAAAAGGUAUCGUGCUAUGGCGGGACAAAGACUGCAACAGGCUCUUAAUCUCGUGGGAAACUUUGCGAUAGCACCGGAGAGCGAGAAUAUGGCGCUGGACGGUAUGGGCGGCGACGAUGUCUACCCUGUUUCUGAUGACGAUAGCAACUUGAAUCACGCAGAGCAAUUCGAAGACUGCAGUGAAUCAUGA